AUUUUGACGGACACUCAGAUUGGUAAGACGCGGAUUGUUGUUAAGAUCGUCGCAAGUAAUUUAACUGCAACUCGUUCAUUUUUGUGCUGUACCGUUUACAACCAAAGAUUAUUUUUCAAAACUAAAUUAGUAAAAGUAAAUGAAAGGAAAUUUCUUAUGAAAGAAUCGUCUAUAUACUAAAUGAACUAUAUACUUUGUAUAUAUUUGUGAAUGUGAUAUUCAUGUAACAAGUGUGUAAACAAAUAAUACAACCAAAAAAAAAAAAUAUAAAAAUAUUAAAGUAAAUUGAAUUGCAACGCAAAAGAAAUCACAAAAAUCUAGCGAAACACUACGGGACGCUGGGCAUUACAUGACCAUUUACUGCUCUAUAUAAAAUAAUAAACAAUCCACAUACACCAACAGUGUGCCUUCAGACUAACUAUAUAGUUGAAGGUUACGAAAUUAACAGUAUAAACAAACUAGAAACAAAACAAUAAAAGCACAAAGAAUAUAUAAUUAAAAGUCACAAAAGCAAAAGCAAACACAUAACAGCACAAAAAUGUUGGCCAGCAAUAGUUUACCCACUCACUACACUGAGUCUAUAUUUAAAAAGCAUCUGAAGAGCGUUGACAAAGAACUGACAAGCGCCGCAACGGAUGCUGGCGCGAAUAGUUUUGAUAUUCCUAGUGCAGAUGUUAAAGGGUCAGCAAUGAAGGCGCAUCUGAAUAACGGCACUGCAAAUGUCACCAAUAGCACUUAUAAUAACAACAGUAACAACAAUAAGGAUGAUGCGCUACCAACGGCACAUUUCGUAUCCGGUCAUCCUGAUGUGAAUUGUGAGAAUUUCAUACGCACCUGCAUGGAUGAAAUCAUCAAAUCGGCGGUGUUGGCAGGCACAAAUCGUGCCACUAAAGUGGUUGAGUGGCAUGCGCCUAGCGAAUUGCAGCAAUUAUUUGAUUUCGAUUUAAAAGCGGAACCGGAAACGAGCGCUAAAUUAGUCGAAUUAUUGAAGGCAACAAUUAAGUAUUCGGUGAAGACCGGACAUCCGUACUUUAUAAAUCAACUUUAUUCCGGUGUAGACGUGUAUGCGCUAAUCGGCCAAUGGCUGACGGAUGCCUUGAAUCCGAGUGUGUAUACAUAUGAGGUGGCACCGAUUUUUACGCUCAUGGAGGAGACAGUGUUGGCUGAAAUGCGUCGCAUUGUCGGCUUUCCAAAUGAUGGCUAUGGUGAUGGCAUUUUCUGCCCAGGCGGCUCCAUUGCCAAUGGUUAUGGUAUCAGCUGUGCGCGUUACAAGCAUGCACCGGAAACAAAGAAAUAUGGAUUAUGUGCUGGCAAACAGUUAAUAAUUUUCACCUCACAAGACGCACAUUAUUCCGUAGAGAAGUUGGCAAUGUUCAUGGGCUUCGGCAGCGAAAGUGUGUGCAAAAUUUCUACAGAUAAAUUCGGUAAAAUGGAUAUUGACGAUCUUGAGGCCAAGGUCAAACAUUACCUAAAUAACGGUGCACGUCCAUUGAUGGUUUCCGCAACGGCCGGCACAACGGUUUUAGGUGCAUUUGAUGACUUGAAUCGUAUAGCUGAUAUAUGUGAGCAAUACAAUAUGUGGUUCCACACUGAUGCUGCCUGGGGUGGAGGUGCACUAGUUUCAAACAAAUAUCGUCAUUUGUUGAAGGGCAUUGAACGCUCUGACUCUGUCACCUGGAAUCCACAUAAGCUUCUAAUCGCCUCUCAACAAUGCUCAACCUUUCUCACACGCCACAAGGACAUACUGAGCAAUUGUCAUUCCACAAAUGCAACAUAUCUCUUCCAAAAGGAUAAAUUUUAUGACACAUCAUACGACACCGGUGACAAGCACAUACAAUGCGGACGACGUGCAGAUGUCUAUAAAUUCUGGUUUAUGUGGAAGGCAAAGGGCACCAACGGUCUGGCGGAGCAUGUUAAUCAGGCAUUUAAAAUGUCAGAGUGCAUCACUGAGAUGAUAAGAGAGCGACCUGGUUUUGAGUUGGUGCUGGAAAAGCCCGAAUGCACGAAUGUCAGUUUUUGGUAUAUACCACCGAGUAUACGGAAUAUGGAACGUGGUGAUUUGUUUAAUGAGAAACUGAAUGCCGUUGCACCAAAGGUCAAAGAAGGUAUGAUUAAAAAGGGCUCAAUGAUGAUUACCUACCAACCCCUGCGGCAACUACCGAAUUUCUUCAGAUUAGUUUUUCAAAGUUCAAAUCUUACGAAGGAUGAUAUGAAAUAUUUCCUAGAUGAAAUAGAAUCACUUGGUUGUAAUUUGUAAAUAUUGGUUUAAACUGUAGAUUAAAUGUUUAACUCUAUUAAUAUCAACCAAUAUUUAACUAUUAGGUGUAUGUAGUAUAACAUAUAUAACGGUAAUCAACGUGAAUUUGAUUUUCAUUUAGGCAUUAAUAAAGGGAACAAGUUGUUUUUUUGCUGCAAUUAAAAUACAAUUUUACAUUUUAACAUGAAUACCAAAUAUAUAUAAUAAUAAAAUAAGUAUCCACGUGCAAAUCUA